UCAAAUAUGGUCUCUAAUCAUUUUCCUGAUAUAUGAGUAAGCUUUAGAAUAACGGAGUCAAGGAAUUUAUUUUCAAUAUUUUGCAACUGUCAAGAAUGAUUAUAUGGGAUGAAGAGUAAGAAAUGAAAUCUUCAUUCCUCAUUUAUAUCAAUAAUUGACAAUAGACAAAGUUGAAAGCAAUAAUAUUGUCCAGAAGAAUGUGAGAUAUAUAUUGAUUUAAUUUGUUCUCUAGAAUUGUAGAAACACAACUGUAGAAUAUCUAGAUUAUAAUACAAUUGACAUAAAAAUGCAAGAAUAUUUGUUUGCUUGGAGAAAACGAUGGGUUGAUUUUCAAAUAUGCCACGAUAAAAUUCUGCUUCAAGUUUUCAUUUCGGAGUCGGCCGUUUCUAAACAAGAACCAUCUCUUUACAAAAAGGAAUUAUCUAAUCAAAUUAUAUUUUUUCGAAGUGAAUCCAAGAGUCAUCCUCACACAUUUAGUGUAGCUGAAAGAGAAGAAGUUGUUCUACAUUUUUCUGCAUCUAGCGAAACAGAAAGCCAAUCUUGGAUUAAGACAUUGAGAGAUAUGAUAUGGCCACCCAAUCAGAUCCUCGAAUUAGAAAACAAUUUAGCUGGAGUUCAUCAGGUAUCCAUUAUAGAUAACGAACUUUGUCAAAGAGCGGGAUUACUUGGUGCAUAUGGUUAUCUGAAAAUCACAGAUACGAAAAUUAUUCUAAUUAAUCCUUGUAUGGGUCAUGUAAUUCAAGAAUGGUAUCUGAAUACGCUGUGUCGUUUUCAAUUACUUCCUGCAAACCAUAAAAAUGACAGAGACAAAAUAUUUUCCUUUGAAACUGGAAGCAACAGUUCCACAGGAAAAGGAACUUUAUACUUUUACAGCGAAAAUGCCAUCAGCAUACUGAAAUCCAUUGGUUGUAUUAUUCAAAGUAUUCUUGAAAAAAAGAAAACAAACGCUCAAACAAAAUCAGAAAGAGAUCAAUACAUGAAAGAUCUCGAAGAGUUGGAUCAAUGCAUGAAUGAAUCCAGAAAGGAAGCUGAACAAGAAGCAGAAGAAUAUUAUCAAGUUCCAAGAAGAGAAAUCCGCAGUAUUUUGGAUAUUCCAAAUUUUACCUUUGACAGACCUUUGAGUAGUAGUAGUUUAGAUUUAGAAUUAUGUAGAAAAGAAAAGAAAAAACUGGAAGUACGUCAUUCUUGCCCAGAAAUGAAUCAGUAUCCUAACGUAAGGACUGAAAGAAAAAUCACUUUACAAAUUCCUGAUGAGUCAAAUGAUAUUGAUGAAUCAUUGGAAAAGUGUUAUUCCAAGAGAGAGACCCUACAUGAUCUCACUCGUAUUUCUCAAUAGAAUAAAAUACUGAAUAAAUGUUACCAAUAUUUAGUCAUAGAAAUUUUUAAAUCAAUUUGGAGAAUUCCGUUGCUAUUUUAGUUUUUCUUUACUUUCCUUUAAACAUGAAAUUCCCUCAUGUAAGCAGCUUGUAAAAAAGUUAUAAUGUAAAACUUUUCAUAAAUAAAGACUAUUCUUUUAAAAAAUCAUCACCUUUUCCACCACAUAGAUUUUGUAGUGUAAGCGGAGGGAGUCCAAGGGGUCCACCCUCCUUACUUUUGUAAAUAAAUUAAGAAAAAUCAAGUAAUUAGAGGAACAUGACAAACGCACUUAUACCACAUGCACUUACUGUACAUAAAUAUCUAAUGAUUUACUCUUCAUCCAUGGCGCUAGUGGCUACAUCCAUAACGGUAAGGGAAUGAAUGUGGGUUUACACAUUUUAAUUUAGAUCCCCUAAAUAUCGGCAUUAUUUACACUACUGCAUGUAUUCAUGUAAUAAUCUGUUUUUUAUAUUUGUUUACAGUAUAUUGUUAAAUGUUGCAUCAUCAAUUGAGCCUUUGCGUAGGAAAACGUUGUAUCGAACAAAAUUUGCGAAAUUGAGUUUGAUACAAAAAUAUGUUCUUUAACUUAACUAAAGGCUCAUCUUUUGGAAUCAAUCGAAGAAAAAAGUCUGUAUUCAAAUAUUUAAAGUUGAGCGUUCAAAUAUUUGUUAAAUGGAAAAACUUUGUAUCUAAUUGCAGUGUUGUCGAGUAAAAUGACGGUAGAAAACAAAAAAAUUAAAUUCUGAUAAAAAUGUGCAGCUAAUCUGAAAAUUAUCUCCGUUAUAUGGCUGCAAAUAUCUUUAGAUAAUUCCACAAUGGUCAGUGUGUCAAAAGUCAUGAUAUCAUGCGACUUACAAACUCUUUCCUCAGUAAAGAAGAGUUGCACUUGGUGCAGAGUAGUGUCCAGAUUUCAAAACCGAACAGAUAUUUCUUUGUCUCCUCCAUACGAUGGCCCAUUGCUUAAAAGAGCAGCAAAGAAACGAGAUCUCAUGGAUAUGACAAGAUUUUUAAACGAACAUGCUGAACUCUACAGGGUCCGGUAGUCUGAAAAAGAAAGUGACAUAGAUAGUACUGUAGAAAGUAUAGAAAAUAAAAGCUACUGUUUGUAUUUAAAGUAAAAUACUGUAUUUUUUAAUCUUGAAAUAAAAUAAAUAAUACUAAAGUCAGAUACAACGUUUUUCCAGUAAUGUUCUCAUCUCCCAAAAAGCAUCGCUGUUAUGAAACUUUCAAUCCAGAACAAUCAAAACGUUUUAGGCAGUUUAUCUCAAUGCAUGCUGAUACUUUACCAGCAACUUUACCAGCUUUUUACCAGCAAUUUAUUCUGGUAAAAAUAAAAAAAACAUUCAUAGAAAAGCAAAUUUAAUUACUUUUAAAUUUUCUCCACGCUGUUCGUGGAACAUUGUAGUAAGUAAUACUCACAGACAUGUUUUCCAUGACCGCAAACAUUUUUUUAACUCAAAAACGAGUGUUUCUUUCUAAACCAUGUUUUUAAUGG